UCCUUAAUCUUGGAAAUGCUUCACAAAAAUGAACCUGUUCAUGAUAAAAUGUGAAGUCUGACAAGAAAAAAAACAUCAGUUUUGAGAUAUUCCAAAUAGCCGGAAGAGCCCCUUCUCAGGAAGCAGGAAAACAUGGGGUGUGUGACACACACAGUGUGUGUGCUCCUGUGUUUUUGGGUCUCAGGAUCAAGCACUCUCCAGACUGUGGGUCCAUGUACGGUCAACAGAGAGACGGCUGCGUUUGAUUGCAGUGGGAAAAGACUUACAUCGGUACCGAAGCACAUCUGGAUGAACGUGACCUACUUGGAUUUGUCUGACAAUCUGUUAGAUUUAACUCGCAUUGACAGUUUCAAGCGCCUGAAUCGAUUCAGCAACUUGGUUACACUGAACCUAUCAGGCAACUACUUCCCCCUACUGUUAAAAGAGCAUCUCUACAGGCUUACUUCUCUUAAAGUGCUAGACUUGAGUAGAUGCAAACUGGCCGCAGUGGAGGCAGAUGCUCUGAGCAGCCUUUCCAACCAGUUCGUGCAAAUCAGAGGAGAACCAAACAGACACGAAGUAGGAAAACUGAAGAGCUUGCUAAACAUUGAUGAACAUUCUGAGGAUACUGACCGUGGAGCUUUUCUGCGUAAACUGCUCGCAGUGGAAACAAACGCUACAAAUAAUGGCACAAAAGCAGUUAUUAAGGAUCAAAAACCUGAAAACUCUUCAAGCAGCUGGAAGGUUCUUGUGGCUGUUCUGGUGUCAGCAAUCACCCUCUCUGUUUUUAUAGCUGUAAUGGCCAAAUGCAAAGUUGUACACAGGUAUCUGGCGAGCUACAGACACUCCAGACUCAGCGAGGUAGACGCCACUAGUCAAUGUGACCCUGGCAACUUUGAGGUGGGGUUUGCGACCCAUGGCGGCCCCGGGACCCGUGCGGUUGCACCUGACAUUGAGGAAGAUGACGAUGGCUUUAUUGAAGAUAACUAUAUUCAAGCCAGUGAAAGUGAGAGAGCUACUAGAGAGACCACAUUGACUGAUGAUGAUGAUGAUGAUGAAGAGGAGGAGGAGAUUGAGUUUAGUAUUGGUUAGUCAUAAUAAGUCUAAUGUUGUAUUAUGUGAUGAUAUUUGUAAUAACUUUCAUUGAGAAGUCACUAACAAACAUUUAGUAUUGCAUAAUCAGUGGUUAAACUAAUAAUUGAAUGAUUAAUUGACAAGAAAAUUAAUAUGCAACAGAUUCAUUAUGUGUUUGAAUGUUUAAAGGAGUAGUUCACCCAAUAAUUUACUUACCCUCAGACCAUAAAUAUGGUGGCCGAGAGAUCUUAAUUUGCUGCAAUUUAAGAAAUCACGGGCAAUUGCAAAUAACGGCAGCAAAUUGAGAUAAUAUGUUCAAC